UCAAAACAUCACGAGUUUUCUUAAUGCUUCAUCGCGUAACAAUAACAGCGAAACAACAUGGCUGAUAAUAAACCUUCGCCGUACCCGCAACAGCAACCUCCGCCGGGAGCAGAGUACCCUCCUCCAGCCUAUGGAGGCCCUACGCAGCCAGCGUAUCCGCCGCCCGCUCCUCCCGGCUACCCAGGUUAUGCAGCUCAACCCGGCUACCCUGGCACAGCAACAACGACCACCAUUAUUCAUCAGCAACCGACGGCUGUUGCAAUUUCUGCGAUCGGCUUCGGCGAGUCACCGGUGGCAAUGUCAUGUCCUGCCUGCAAACAGAGCAUUGUAACAGCGACGACCUAUGUGACGGGAACUUUAACUUGGCUUGCCUGCCUUGGAUUGUGUGUUGUUGGAUGUGAUCUUGGUUGCUGUUUGAUCCCAUUUUGUUGUGAUCCCAUGAAAGAUGUGGUACACAUUUGUCCCUCUUGCGGUGCCCAAGUAGGAGUGUUUCGUCGAAUGUAAGAAACUCACUGAUGGCAAAACAGAGGCAACGAUUCAUACGACGACUUUCGUAGACAAGCAAACACUAAUUA